AAGAGGUGUGGGACGGCGAGCCCCAGUGCAGUUGUUCGAUGCUUUCCGGCGACGAAGCCAGCAUCAUGGCCAGCACCUUCCUCAACAAAACAAUGGAGAAGGUCAGCAGUGAGUGAUACGUGAGAAGGGAUGCCGUGACUGCUCGCAGAAGCAGUGCAGCUCGGUGAUCUACACUUCCGUCUCCCUUCCGUGUGUGUGGUGUAUGUUGCAGCCAGCGCUGAAUCAGUACUGGUUCAGUGAGGAGACCAUCAAGGCCAUCGUGGAUGAGGUGGAGACGGAGGGCAACCGAGUCGCCUUUCUCUCGACGCCCAGUGUCUUCUUCUCCAUGGUCGAUGCCGACCCCACCGUGGUGCAGUGCAGCAGGCUCUUCGACGUAAUGGCACUCAGAAUAUAUCAUCAGACAGGGACAGAUGGGGUGUGGAAGGUCCACCUGCAAAAAUGCAAUGCAUCUGUGCGGGCGGUCAUCCCAUGGAUACAUGGUCUUGCGGGAUGUGCGUGUGUGUGUCUGCCCUUGUGUUUGUAUGUCUGUCUGUCUGCGCAUGACAUGCAUGCAGUACGAUGUGUCUUUCGCAAGCCAUCCGUCGUUCGUGUUUUAUGACUUCAACAAUCCCGAAGAGCUGCCGGACCACCUGCUGCACUCGUUCGACUAUGUCAUCAUUGACCCGGUAAUGCAUAUCAUCCAGAGAGAGGAACGUGUAUCAUGUCUCAAUCGGACUUUGCAUCAUGUCUCUGUGUCUCCUGGCGGCUGCAGCCUUUCAUCACGGAAACUGUGUGGCGCAACGUGAGGCAACGAAGAGAAACGGCCAUGCACACCAAGCGCCGCAUGUCUGUCCUCUUUCGUCUCAUCAGUAUGCCCGGACGACUGAGCUCUUGUGGCCGCCUGGGGGCGGCAAAGUCCUCGCGUCGACGGUCAUUGAGAACGCCCCUCUGCUGCGCGAGUUGUUUGGCGCCAAGCCGGUCAACUUUCGACCAAGCGUACCCAAUCUGGUCUACCAAUACUCGGUAAGCUGCUGCUGGUGAGCAUAUAUGUGUGUUGCUUUGGUGGCUAUCUCCGUCUGUCCAUGUCUCUGUGUGUGUGUGUGUGUGAGUACAGUUCUUCACCAACUACAGCAGCAGCGGCGGUCCUCUGAAUACACUCAACAGUGAGGUCGAUUCCGACGACUGGCAGGGGUCCGAGGACUAUCGGAGCAGAGCUACGGGAAGCUCGGCGAGUUUGCCGCUGACGCAGUAGGCC